GGUUGCAGGAUGAGGAGGAAAAAACAUCUUCACCCGAAGACCUGUGUUAUAAUUAUGAGGAGCUUUACUCCAAGCCAUUCGUCACACCUGAGUCUGAAAUCCCAGAGAACCUCCUGAUCCUCUUUCAUUCAUUUGGCUACGACUGUAGUCGAAGAGCAAACCUGCAGCUGCUGGAUGACAGAACUCUGGUCUUCAUAGCUGGUCAGAUGCUCAUAUUGCUCGAUGUUUGCACCAGGCAGCAAAGCUACCUGCGCUCCUGCAGUGGUGGUGGAAUUGGCGCCAUUGGGGUAAGCCAUCAGAAAGAUUAUUUAGUGGUGGCAGAGAAAGGACUAAAACCCAUCCUGCUUGUUUAUAAAUACCCUUCAUUACAAGCAUACCGUAUCCUGAGAGAUGGUACAGAGCUUGCGUUCAGCUCUGUCAACUUUAAUAGUGAUGCCAGUCUUCUGGCCAGCCUGGGCAGUGAACCUGACUACAUGCUGACAGUGUGGAACUGGAAGAAGGAGGAAGUGAUGCUCAGGUGCAAAGCCAUAUCUCAGGAGGUCUACAGAGUGACCUUUUCCCCAUACAACCCCGGCCUACUGACAUCAUCAGGAUCAGGACAUAUCAAGUUCUGGAAAAUGGCCAGCACAUUUACAGGUCUCAAAUUGGAGGGACUUAUUGGGCAUUUUGGAAAGACUGCAGCCACAGAUAUUGAAGGCUACAUCGAACUUCCUGAUGGAAAGGUGCUUUCUGGCUCAAACUGGGGCAACUUGUUGCUGUGGGAUGGAAACGCUAUUAAAGUGGAGCUCUGCCGCAAGGGAGGACAUUAUUGUCACGCAGGGGUUGUCCAGCCUUUUGCCUUGGAGGACGGACAACUGAUGACCUUUGGCUCUGAUGGAAUGAUUCGGGGCUGGGACUUUGAGACCAUUGAUGCUGCUGACAGUAGCAGUGAAAACAGCAAGUUUGAGUUGGAGCCCAUGAAUGAGAUGGCGGUUGGGCGCUACGUUCGCCUCUUUUCAAUGGUGAAAAGCGUGCAGGCGGACUCUACUGUUUGGCAUGCUCAGGAUUCCAAUGGAGCCAUUUGGAAAGUGGAUCUUUCAUUUACAUACUCAACUCCUGAUCCUGUGUGCCUAUUUUCCUUCCACGCUGGGCCAAUCAACGGACUUGAUGUAUCGAAGAAGAGUCAUCUCAUGGCCACGACUGCUUCAGAUCGUUCUGUCCGAAUCUUUGACUUUCUGUCAAAAACAGAACUUACCUGUAGCUGGUUCACUCAGGGUGGAACUGCUCUUCACUGGGCCCCACCUUCAGUGACUCAUGCUGGAAAUUUACUAGUGACGGGCUUUGAAGAUGGAGUUGUGCGCUUACUGGAGCUUUUUGACCCCAAAGGCCUUCAAGUAGUAACCAGGCUCAAAGUGGAGGCCCAGCUGCGCCUCAAACAAGCCUUCAAACCCCAUAAUGCUCCUGUAACCACUGUUGCAUAUGAACACAAUGGAACGGUCUUGGCCACCGGGAGCUCAGACUGCACUGUGUUCUUCUUCUCUGUUGGAGACAAAUAUGAGCCAAUUGGUUUUGUCUCGGUUCCCGGACCAGUACAAGUGCUGGAAUGGUCACCUCAUGCCCAUAAUGAAAAGAGUCUGCUAAUCCUAUGUCUAAGUGGUCAUGUUGUGGAGGUACCAUGUCCUGACCCUGAAACCCAUCAGACAGCCAAGUCCUUUCAACUGCUUGACAUGCCCAGAAGAACCUUUCGCUUCAAAAGCAUUAAAUCUCAAAUCAGGAGAGACGAGGAAAUAGCAAGACGACAUGCAUUAAAGGAGCAGCGAAUGAAGGAACGUCAAGAAAAAGAACUCCUAGAGGAAGAGGAGGAAGAGGAAGAGGAGGAGUUGCCCCGUAUUUACAUUCCUGAUCCUCCAAGUCCUCUCUAUUGGGGUUUCUUCUCGAAGCCUGGCCAAUUCUGGAUCUCAAUGGGAGGAUAUGACUCUGGUUUCUUGUACCACUGUAAGUUUUCUGAGAAUCAGGAUGAGAAUUCAGAAAAAUGUCACGUUGAGCCAUUUGACUUCCUGCCUAUCCAUAAUGCUGAUAGUGACCCCAUUCGUUCAGUCACCUUCAGCUCCAACAGGCAGCUAAUGCUAUGCGGAAUGCACUCGGGCUCCAUCAGAGCUUAUCCUUUGGAUCCCGACGAUCACGUCCUAAAAUCCAUGCAGGCGUACUGGGAACUGAGUAUCCACGACAGCAAUUAUGGACAUCUGAGGCAUAUCUGUUGCAGUCAUGACGACCAGUUUGUGCUGACAGCAGGAGACGAUGGGAACAUCUUCUCCUUUACUCUGCUUUCUCAUGAGGAGCUGCUGAAAGGUUUGCAGAGAAAAAAGGCAAAAGUUCCCUCACCAAGGAUUGGUCUAGAGAAUGAAGAGUUGGCCAUGGACAUCGAUGAUCCCACAGCGUACAGCAUAGAGACGGCUAAACAGAAGCUGGAAAAAGACCGGCAGCGUCAGGAAGCUGACAAGAAAAUAUUAGCCAAACGAAAAAUGCUUGCUGCGCUCCAGAGCAAGUUUAAAAUACUACUGGAUGACAACCUUAACCUGCCUCAACACAUUCAACUGACUCCUAUGGAACUGCUGCUGGACCAGCGUUUUGAAGAGCAAGCCGAGAGAGAGAAAACCCGACGUUUAGAUGAAGUCCAGUACCAGAUGAGCUGGCGAGAGGAGCACUCCCAUUUAUCCCUCAAAAAGCUACAAGACUGGUUCAGUGACUCGACAGAGCGUAACAUAGUCACUGUGUUCGCCAUUCGCACUGACCACAGCGUCUCCACCUACCAUAUUCCGAGUCUUUCUACGACCCGGCUCCAAGAGGAGAACAGUUCAAACAAGUGUGGUGUCGAUGAAACCCCUGUGGUUGAAAGCCAAGCAACUGUAGAACAACAUGAAAAAGACAGUAGUGAAACAGAUGAGGAAGAGGCCCCUCCUACCUCUGCGACUCGAGCUGUGGUCCAGAUUACAGAUCGGCAGGUUGAAAGGCUCCAAAAAGCUGCAGCGAAAGCUGAACAGGCUCGGGCCAAGAUUGCUAAGAGGAAGGAGGAAUGGGACAAACUUUAUGCAGAAAAGCCACAUAAGGACUGUGAAGACCCACGAGAUGUGCAGGCCAUCUUUGAAGCCCAGGAGAGCAUUGGCGACUUGAAACUUAAAACAGACAAAAACUUCACUGUGCCUAAACAUUUACGAAUGAGUGCAGACCGGAAGAAAGUUGAGAUGAUAAACCUGGAGGACAAUAUUCGCGAGAAACAGACUGAGAUGAACACACAGAUUGUGGCCUUGCGGGACUUCAAACUUCUUCUUUUAUCCAAACUGGGAUCCCAGGCUAGACAGCUCCAGAGGGUCCAGAGUUGUUUGCCAUCGCAGCUCCACCGCCGCCCACCCCCGCUGCCCACGAUACGAUGUGAGGAAGUACCAGAGAAGAGCCAGCGAUGCACCCGAGCCAUUCUAGAAAGAUACAGAGCGCUGAAGGAGAAAAGGUCAAAGCAUGAUGAGCUGGAAGAUCAAGAGAGUGGGAUGAGUGUGGUUGAUGAGCUGGAGAUUGAAGAGAUGGAGAAAAGCGAAACUAUAUCAGAUCUAUCAGCAGAGGAGACCACAGGUGAGCAAGGAGAAUUGAGAGAGGAGGACCUGCACGAUAUGGACAAAGACACAUUGUUAGAGAUGCAGGAUUCUCUACUGGAGCAGAUGAAGACUUUGGUGGAUCAAUUUGAUAAGGAUCACAUGAUGUGUCUUGAGAAGGUACAGAUGCUGGACUGGAAGCUAAAACUUGCCAAUCUGCGCCAGUUGACUCUUUAUCAGGAGCUAUUGCUUCUCAAGGAGGUGGAUAAGAGUGAAAACGUUUCGCAGGACAAGCUUGACAAACGUCUGAAGGAGCAGGACGAGUUGCUGUCUGAGUUGGAGAGGUGUAGGAAGGCGCUGGAACUGAAGCGUAAAGACAUUGCAAAACGUCAAGAGAAAGAGAAAUCCAAUACAGCAGCCUUCCAUGCCUUGCUGGGUGAUGACAACAACUUUGAGGAGUAUCUGACCAAAGUUUACAAGAAGAAAAUAAAACGUACCAAGAAGAAGGAGGAAGGAAGUGAUGAGGAAGACGAAGACAGCAAUGAUGACUUUGACGAUUAUGAAAACUGGGAUGAUGACGACGAUGAUGAUUGGGAUGGAUUGGAUGGAGAGGGGGCUGUGGAGGAAUGCCCUGCAGGGUGCGAUCAAAAGCUGUUUGAUGACAUAUUGGAGCUGCGUGAACGUCGCUUGGACCUGGAGGAGUUGCUGGCAGAGGAGAAGAAGAAUGCUGAACACUUGGAGAAGGAUUGUGACGCCCUUAUAAAAAAGAUGAAGUCAGUCAAAAUCAGUCUUAAGGCUGCAGAAGAUGACUUAGAACAAGUCAACAGAGAGAAACAGCAAAAAAUGAACCAACUGGAUGUUGUGGUUCCUCUUCGGCUGCACCAGAUUGAGAUUGAUAUCACUGGCCAAGUGCCUUCGGACCUCAGCCCGGCAUUGGUGCUCACCAGGAUGGAGCUACAAAGGCUGCAGGAGCGAGUGAACGAAUUAGAGGUAGAGAAGCAUCAGCAGACAGAAGUGUACCGUCAGGCCCGUCAGCAGCACAUCAGGCUCAUCAAAGAACGCAAGGAAAUGAACAAUGAAAUUGAGACGCUGGAGAAGCUUUGUCACCAGCUGAUGAUGACAAGGUUUGGGAGAGAGGUGGAUAUGGAAGUUCUGCAGACUCUGUGUGCCAACAAGUCAGUUGCUGAGAUGAAGCAGGAAAGAAUCUUGCGGGAAAUUGCAAUUGCCAAAGACAUCCAACAAUGGGAUAGGAAAGUACAAAAAUCUCGUGAAGCCCUGAUCGCGAUGACACGGAGCAACUCGGAGCGUCUCCUUUGCUUGAAUAGUCUCUUUGAACAGAAGAAGGAGCUGGAGAUGAAACUUUACGCAAGACAAAAGAAAAUUGGCAAGCAUCUUCAGGCCUGCAGCAGGCGAGCAGACAAGGACCAAAUCUGGAGUCUUCAGGAACUGGUGAGAAAACAAGCUGAGCAGAUAGAGAAGCUAUCUAAAGAGGUCAGCGAGCUUGGACCCACUGGAGGACACAUGCUUUCCGCCGCCCAUGCUCAUCUACCGCCGCUCCCUCGUCAACCCACUCCCAUUGUACACAAACUCAGCAGAAAACGAGGAAUACUUAUACCUGGCAUAAAGGAAGAGGACACAAGUGAAAGUGAGACGGACGACUAAAAAUGGAAUUCACCUGAUGUUACUUGUACAUUAUUAUGGACCUCAGAUUGCUGAUAAA